UAAAUUGUUGAGUCUGGUGUGUGUGUGUAUGAGCAUCCCAUUGAAAAAUUGUGAGUGGUUUAUUCACCCCCAAAACACAAAAUGUUUGGUUUCAAAGACAUGCCUCAGUCUGCAUCUUCCUUGUUCACGGCCUAUGCUUCAUUCGCCACCACUGCCAUGAUGAUCCGUUCCAUGACCACCAAUCUUCUUCCUCCCCAACUCAUAUCCUUAAUCACCUCCAUUUUCUUCUACUUUUUUCCUCCCAAGUCCACUCUCAUCACCACUCUCGUCAUUGACCAGAAGUGCGACUUCUUAAACAAUCAGCUAUUUGAAGCCGCCGAACUUUACCUCCGUACCAAAAUCAACCCCUCAAUGGACCGUCUCAAGGCCUCCAAAACCCCCAGGCAAAACAAAGUUGCUCUCUCCAUGGUAAAGGGUCAAACAAUUGUGGAUCACUUUGAAGAUAUUCGACUCCAAUGGGGAUUCGUCGCUGUAAAGAAGGAGAAGCGUAACGAAAUCAUCGAAGAGAAGUGUCAUUAUGAGCUUCUGUUCCCUAAGCAAUCCUUGGAUAGAGUCGUAAAUUUCUAUUUUCCUUACAUCUUACAGAGAGCCAAGGAGAUCAAAGCGCUGGAUAGUGUUGCCAAGCUCUGCAGCUCUAGUUGUUCCUACGAUGACGAAUCCCUUGGCGGUAAACGUCAAGGAAAGUGGGGAUCUGUCAGAUUCGAACAUCCCGCCACAUUUGAUACUCUGGCGUUGGAUCCUGAUUUGAAGAAGAUGAUAAUCGACGAUUUGGAUAGAUUUGUUAAGAGGAAGGAAUUUUAUCGAAAGGUUGGGAAGGCUUGGAAGAGGGGAUAUUUGUUGUAUGGUCCUCCUGGUACAGGGAAAUCAAGCUUAAUCGCCGCCAUGGCCAACUACCUCAAGUUUGAUAUCUACGAUUUGGAUCUCUCGGACGUCUACAGCAAUCAAAGUCUAAGAAAUUCAUUACUUUCCACUACCAAUCGCUCAAUUCUGGUGAUUGAAGAUAUAGACUGCAGCGUAAAUUUGCAGAAUCGAAAAUUCGAAGAGAAAUUCGAGCCUCCCAAAAGUCGCCUGACGCUAUCCGGAAUGCUGAAUUUCAUAGAUGGAUUGUGGUCGAGUUGCGGAGACGAGAGAAUCAUCAUUUUCACGACGAAUCAUAAGGAGCAAUUGGACCCAGCGUUGUUGCGACCGGGUCGAAUGGACGUCCACAUACACUUGGGCUACUGCAGCUCAAAGAUGUUUAAGGUCUUGGCCACCAACUACCUCGGCGCUGAGGUCACUGGUCACCGGCUUUACGAAGAAAUCAAAGGGCUGAUCGACUGCAUAAACGUGACUCCAGCAGAGAUUGCUGAAGAGCUAAUGAAGAGCGAUGAGGUUGACGUCGUGAUUGAAGGUUUAGCCAAUUGUUUGAAGCUUAAGAGAAAGGAACGGAAGGCAGGGGACGAAAAAAGGGACCGCAUUUUGGAAGAAAAUAAAGCAGAGCGGUAGUUGAAGAAAUGAUUCAAUAAUCGAUGAAUGAUGACAAAAAUGGUGAGUGCGGAAAAAAAGGUGAUGGUGGGCGAUGGGCAAUCGAUCAUAUCAUGGAGCGUCUCCUUUUGUAUACCUUCGUCCGUCCAUAUAACUCCAUUUUAGUUAAAAUGGCCAUUGUUUUCGUACUUCAUUAGUGCUUGUAAAUGGAGUCCAAGACUCAAAAAUUAUUUAAUAUAAAUGGCAUUUUAUAACAUUUAAACUUA